GUCGCAAGGCCCCAAGGCUCAGGUGAAGAAAAAAAAAAUUCGGAGCUUGCUAUGAAGCUGAUUGCUACUGAACUUUUUUCCCAGCAAUUCAUUCAAAGUAGAAAUUUCAACCGUUCUACUCUCUUUCGCUACAAAUCUGCGAUCGGAUAUCAUAACUUUCCGUGUCAGUUAAUCAUCCAAUCUUGCCUACCAAUCGAAAGACGAUUCUCUAGAUCCUCUAUCUUAAGUUCAAACGUCAAUCGCAAUGUCGCCGCUGCUGCCCGUCGCCGUCUACGGGCUCGAGGUCCCGCCCGGCGAGGUCAUGGUUCCUGUCCACGCCGAGUUCCCUGCGACGAUCCGCAUCACCAUGGCCGCUAUUGACCCAACUGAGGAACCCGAGGCGGACGAAGACGGAAACCUCCCAUCUGUCCCCCGUUCCACUUUGAAGGUCAUCAAGACCCGCCUGGGCGGCCCUGAUGACGAUGAUGAGGACGAGGAUGAGUACCUCCAGAGACUGUUGGGUGGUGGGGAGGAUGACGAUGAGGAGGACUCUGAUGAUGAUGACGACGAGCCCAAUGGCGGCCCCAGUGACCCUGCCAAGACCAAGAAGGCUCGCCAAGAAGCUGCCCUCAGGAAGCUCGUCGAGGCCGCCCAGGAGGAAGCCUCGGACGAGGAGAUGGAGGAGGCUGACGCUACUCCUAACGGCACCAAGAGCAAGAAGGGCAAGGAGAAGGCCAUCGAGUCGGAUGACGAGGAGUCGGAUGAUGACAGCGACCUCGAGGAGGGUCUUGGCCUCGAGCAGUAUGUUGUCUGCACCCUUGACACCGAACGCAACUACCAGCAGCCGCUCGAUAUUACCAUCGGUGAUGACGAGAGGGUGUUCUUCAUCGUCUCUGGUACUCACACCAUUCAUCUGACUGGCAACUAUGUCGUCGACGAGGAUGCGAGCGACGACGAGGAUGAUGAUGAUGAGUACGACAUGCCUCCUGGCCUUGAGGACCUCAUGGGCGAAGAGGAGGACGAUAUGAGCGAUGACCUCGAUGACAUUGACCACCUCGACCGUGUCAAGGAGAUCGAUAGCGACGAGGAGGCACCCAAGCUGGUCGCCGCUGCUUCCAAGAAGGGCAAGAACAAGCGUCCUGCCGAGGAGGCCCCCGAGAACCUUGAUGAUAUGAUCACCAAGGGGAACAAGGAGGAGACCAAGCUCAGCAAGAAGCAGCUCAAGAAGUUGAAGAAUAACAAGGGUGAGGCUGUCGUUGCUGAAGAGGUCAAGAAGGAGACGCCAACCAAGGCCGACAAGAAGGUUCAGUUUGCCAAGAACCUCGAGCAAGGCCCCACCGGCUCGGCCGAGAAGGCCAAACAGUCGGACAAGAAGGCCGCCCCGGGUGUCAAGGUGAUCCAAGGCGUCACCAUCGACGACCGUAAGGUCGGCACCGGCCGCACCGUCAAGAAUGGCGACAAGGUUGGCAUGCGGUAUAUUGGCAAGCUCCAGAGCAACGGGAAGGUCUUUGACUCCAACAAGAAGGGUGCGCCGUUCAGCUUCAAGAUCGGGAAGGGUGAGGUCAUCAAGGGAUGGGACAUUGGCAUCGUAGGCAUGGCCGUCGGCGGUGAGCGCCGCCUCACCAUCCCUCCCAGCCAUGCCUACGGCAGCCGAUCCAUGCCCGAGAUCCCCGGCAACAGCACCCUCGUCUUCGACGUUAAGCUCCUAGAGAUCAAGUAAGAGUUGCUGCUCUUGUCUUUGACCGCUCAGGACGGCAUCGUCGGUCGAGGUGGCCACC